AUGGACCCCAACGAGAUGCAGCAAAACGCUCAGGUUAUGGAUGAAACCAUGGCCGACGCUUUCAACGACAGUCUUGGCGAGGGCGACAUGGAGGUCACUCCCAAGACCGAAGAGGAGUACGCGCAGUCGAUGCUGACUCUGCGUGCCAUCGUCUCGUCCAAGGAGGCUGGUGUCAUCAUCGGCAAGGCUGGCAAGAACGUCGCCGACUUGCGCGACGAAACUGGUGUCAAGGCCGGCGUGAGCAAGGUCGUCCCGGGCGUCCAUGACCGGGUCCUGACCGUCACCGGUGCCUUGUCGGGCACUGCCCAAGCCUACGCGAUCGUUGCCAAGGGCCUGCUGGAGGGAGCUCCGCAGAUGGGCAUGGGCGGCAUCAUGUCCAACAACGGCACCCACCCCGUCCGGCUCCUGAUCUCGCACAACCAGAUGGGCACCAUCAUCGGACGACAGGGUCUGAAAAUCAAGCACAUCCAGGAUGCUUCUGGGGUGCGCAUGGUCGCACAGAAGGAGAUGCUUCCUCAGUCUACGGAGCGAAUCGUCGAAGUCCAGGGUACACCUGAAGGCAUCGAGAAGGCCAUCUGGGAAAUCGGAAAGUGCCUCAUUGAUGACUGGCAGCGCGGCACUGGCACCGUGCUCUACAACCCCGCGGUCCGUGCGUCCCUGGGCUCGCCGCCGCUGAACAACAGCAACCCAGUCGGUAGUGGUGGAAAUGGUGGCAAUGGUUACACCAGCCGUCAGUACAACCGCACCGGCAACGGUGCCGACUUCAGCGACAACAGUGGCUAUAGCCGACGGUCCAACUCCGAUGCUGGUACCCGUGGAUACCCUCUCGUCACGGAAGAUGGUGAGGAGAUUCAGACUCAGAACAUCAGCAUUCCUGCGGAUAUGGUUGGAUGCAUCAUCGGCCGGGCUGGCAGCAAGAUCACCGAGAUCCGCCGCAGCUCGGGAGCUCGCAUCUCGAUCGCCAAGGCUCCCCAUGAUGAGACUGGUGAGCGCAUGUUCACGAUCAUGGGAAGCGCGCAGGCCAAUGAGAAGGCUUUGUACCUUCUGUAUGAGAACCUCGAAGCCGAGAAGACUCGCCGCAGCCAGCUGCCUCAGGAGUAA